UCCCCAGUCGUAAGCCGAACACCGACUCGACAACACCAGAAAUAUAUUUGAGUUCAAUAGUUUAUACUUUCGAGCAAAGUCCGGGCUUCAAAAUUUGUUCAUAUAAAAUUAACCGUUGAAAAGCAAAUUUUUUUCCAUUUUCCGUUUCGUUUCUUUUUUUUUUUUUAUUUAAAAUCGAAUAUAUAUUUUAGGUCACAACUGACCCGGAAACCAACCCCAUAACAUACUGCAUGUGAAACGAUAGAAAAAUUGCAAACCUUUUGAAAUCCAAGCAAAAAAUAAUAAAUACACUUUAAAAGGCGUUCGAACUUACUACGCAACAAUGCAACGAUCGGUUUUCAAGAGUGGCUGUUCCAGGACACUGGUCCUCUUCAACUCGCUGAAAUCCCUGUUCCACAAUAGCCUGCACGCGGAGCAGCUAUUGGAGGCAGCUCCUGUGCCCAAGAACCGCUGCCUGGAUCUUCUGGGACGCCUGCUCCAUGGCCGACUGAGUCUGCUGGGAGGACGUCCCGUGCCGCCCAGAUUCUUGCCGCUGUUGUUGGGAGAUUUCAGGCUGCACUUCAAUGCAGAGGAGGACGAGGAGUUCCGUAGACGAUUGGCCAUGCAGCUGAAGGAGUUGCGCGAGACCCUGCAGGAAACGCAGGAACUGCGGGAGGGGGAGGAGCAAGACUUUCAGGAGCUGGAGCCACAGGACGAGGAGGAGGAUCAGCCGUACGUGCCCAGAUCUCAGGAGAUCUCCAUGGAGGAUCUCACCGACGAGGAGCUCAGCGAAGUGCGUGCGCUGCGGAUGAGUGCCAGUCAUGAUGAUGGCAAGUUCGGUAGUUCCGAGCAGCCAGAAACCAGUGAAUUGGAGGGCGAGGAUAAGGCCGAGGCCAAGGCCAAGGAUCACCAGGAGCCGCAAGAUGCCAACGAAGCCGUCGAACACGUUAUCGAGGGUGAAAUCGAAGGAGUUUACUGGACGGGCGAGGGCAAAAGGAUAGUCACUCAAACGCCUAAGCGCAAGACUGGCCAUUCUGGGUUCAUCGAUGGCCAGGGCGAAGAGAUUCACCAGGAGGAGUCGCCGCACGAAGCCGCUCCCUAUCACCCUGAGCCCAGGGCCCAAGCCACCUCCAAGGUGGUGAGGAAGGGCCGCAAGUCCAAGUCCUCAUCCAAAACCUACACGCCCAGCGAUUCCGACGAAUAGCUAAAUUGCCGGCAAAUGAAAGCAAAACCCUCGAGCGCUGGGAUCACUAAAAUAAAAUAAAUAAAUACAAAAGGCUAAAGACAAAA